AUGGUGCGGGCGAAACACACUGCCAACAUAUUGCGUUCGCUUCAGAUCCAAGCUACCACAAGCAGCAGCAGCAGCAGCGACGCUGAGUCCGAUGGCGAGAAUGGGAGUGAUUCGAAUGAAAGUUCUGGAACGAAUGAGGCUCGGUUUGAGGGCAUUCCUAACGCCCAAACCACGGAUGACAUAGAGGAAAUCGAUUCAGUUCCUGAUGGAAAUACAGGUACCCAUUCCGACGCCAAGAACUCGAACGUUAGUGGAGAAGUCAUUGAAGAAAAGCUUCCUCAAGCGUCGGCGGAUAGUGAUCAGGCCGAUAGUGAAGAUGAAGAGCGCAGCGAGGUAGCUUCGAGCGGCAGUCGCAAGCGCGAUCAUGCUGAAUGUGAGGAUGAAUUGUACUACGCAGCCCCCUUACGGAAGUAUCAUCGAAGCUGGAAGGACUUGGAGAAACGCCUAAAGAGUUAUCAGGAGGAAACGCACACCGUUCUCGUGAUAUCUGAGACUAUGAAUGUGCGUCUACGGAACCAAAAAAUCUCGAAGAUGAAGAUCCAUGCUGGUAAACCCCAGUCAGAGUUGCCGCUCGUUCCAGAAGAGCUGGAUCCGUAUCAGCGAGUGUACAUUUGUACACACGGCUGGAAAGAGCGCGUCCGAUCAAAAGGACAACGUCCCCGUCAAAACAUGAAGGGGGUUGGAUGCCCCAUGCGCUUUCGAGCCCAGUUCGUUGAACGAGACGAAGGAAAGUGGCGUAUUGAGAUUAAACAGGCUUUUUACGGCCACAAUCACGUGCUAUCGGAAGAGGUUUAUCGAGUUUAUCCCUCUGUCCGUCAAGUUCCUGUGGAUUCACCGAUCAUUAGUGAUGUGGAAUUAAUGGUUGCAAGUGGGAGCAAGGCCAGCAAGAUUUACGAGUAUAUACGAGAACGAACACCGCACUACAUCCAGCUCAAAGAUGUCCACAACCUCGUAGCCCGGAUCAGAAAUUCUGGUGGCAGGCUGAGUGACGAAGAUUUUGUCGCUGAACUACUCGUGAGCUUCGAGUUGGAGUCGCCUGGAAACGUAGCAGCCAUCGACGAGGAUGGUAGCGGCCACACGGCUGUUGUAACCAUUAGCUCCCAGCAUAUGCGCAAGCUGUACAAGCGUUUCCCCGAGAUACUGCUUGUCAACUGCACCCACAAGACAAACAGGUGUGUUUCCUUCUUAAUCAUGGUCAAGCAAGUUUUGGCCAGGUUUCGAUCAUUGGCGAAUGACUGGAAGCUGACCAAGGUGAUCAUGGUGGAUAAAGACCUCACUGAAAUUGGAGUACUUCGGAGCAUGUUUCCUGACGCCAGGAUUUUGUUGUGCCAAUUCCAUGUUUUGAAGUGGUUGCGUGGUGCUGUACGUGAUGAUAGCAAGUACGACACGUUCCCCAGUGCCAUUCUUAAACAGAUGGACCAUUGCGUUUCGAACAUGGUGUAUUCGAAGUCGGACGACGAAUUCCAGCUUCACGCAGCUGAAUUCAAGUAUCUUGCUUGUCGCGACGGACGCCACACUCUGUGGACUUAUUUCGAUAGGAACUGGGUUGCUUGUAAGGAGAUGUGGGUGACGCAGCACCGCAUGGAACUUCCUCACUUCCGUAAUAAUACGAACAAUCGACUGGAAAGUUUCUUUGGGAAACUCAAGGCUGAUUUAGACAGUUCCAUGUCUAUGCGAGAAUGUUUGGAGGCCACGAUCCGGUAUCAGCGUCGCAAGGAGGAUGAGUACGCAACCCGGGUUGUAAUGCCUGGUACCCGUCGUGACCUAACCUACGACGACGAAAUGAAUCAGCUACUGGGAAUGACAAGCGAAUGGGUGGCUGAAGUUUUUGAACCGGAGUACAAAUUCGCGCUGGAUCCCAAUGUGGCUAAGUUUUACCGUAUCGAGGACGAGGAUUUGUACGUGAAUUUAUACCGUGACGGCCGGAAACACAGGGUGGACAAGUACAACUGGAUGUGUACGUGCGAGUUCUCGUCGACCAUGAAGUUGCCAUGCAGACACGGUAUGAUCUAUCGAAAGCACGUGGCUCAUAUGCUGACUAUUCCGUAUUCUUCGAUUCCUGCCAGUUUUACCAUGUUCCCGGCAUUGGGGGCUUUGGACGAGGAGAUUGCAGCUGUAGACGUACCACUGCGUAUAUCGGCGCCAUGUGCAGACGUGAAACGCAUGAAGCGCAUGAGCGAUAGGGACAAGUACAGAGCUGCACAGAGUGCGUUCAGCAGAAUCAACACAGAGCUCACCGAUCUACCUGACGACAAGUUUCGAGCUGCUCUCGACCACUUGGAAAAAUGGGGUGCCCGGCUGAGGCGUGGCGAUGUGAGAAUGGGGACGCAAGAGGCCCCGGAUGAGGUUAAGCCCUCGUCACAAGUUGCCAAACCGGUUGCAGCAGAUAAACCCGACGAAGAAAAGGAUGCAAAGAGGCACGGGGGCAUUUGCGAUCAAGAAGAAAGGGAUGAAAAUGAUCAAGAAGAAAAGGAAGGAAAUGAAGAGAAGGUUGAAAACGUACACGGGGGCGACCAAGAAGAAAAAAACGAGAACAGCAUCUCUAAGGUGUUUUCCAAGCAGAGUCAACAAAAGAAAGUGAAAGUAAAGCCGUUCAAUCCCAGAACUCGCGUGGGGCGACCUCGCAAGAACAGAGCGUUGGAGGCAUCACAGCGCAAACAAUCUCGACAGGAAUUCAACCAAGGAUGCAAGCUGAGAGGGGCUUUAAGAGGGGAUGACGUGGUCGAAGUUGCAGACUUUAUCCGGUCGUGUGAGCCGCCCUUAAGCGAUCUCGCUUCUUUUUUGAACACUUUUGAAGAGCGAUUUUCGAAACUGAAACCGAAGCAAAUAUCCGUCGUGUGGCGUGUUCCGGAACCCACCAUUGCUCCGUAUCGUCUACCAGAAGUGAAUGCCACGGCGGAGUGUUGGGUGCUUACAGUCGACGGAAUUGGUGAAUUUACGCACCAGCAACUACUGGCUAUGCAAUACGUGUGGACGCUGGUUCACGCAAGCGAAGCAGGAAUGAGCUGCUAUUCGUGGCUUAUGAACAUAGCAGACGACCAGAUUUCCCAUGAAGAUACGGCUGGUCUCGCUAAACGUAUUUGGGACGCUUGGCCACAAGAAAUUCUACCUGGAUUCGGAAUAGGGUUCGACAUUACUUGGGUUCAUCUUUACUCUGCUCGAAGUGGAAUUUGGUACAACGACAACUUGAUUUCGGCUUACGCAAAGACUAUGGAAAGCAAGUAUGGCAACAACACUACAAUCUUUCUACCAGCGAUGAAAAUACCGUUACCGAAGACCCCCAAAAAAGGGAUGCGUCUCCCUACCACUACUCUGAGUGAGGUCUCAGCAGCUAGCGAAGGAGUUAUCUUCAUGCCGCUGAACAUUAAUAACAACCACUGGACCUGCAUCGUGGUGGAUGGGCCCAAGCAAACUGUGUACUGCUACGACAGUACAAACAAGCGCGCAAACCACAACCUACUUGCUGAGCUAGCAGACGAGUUGGUGAAGAAGAGUCUCCCCCAAGGAUACAGUAUCACCCCCAUUCAUAGCCCGAUCCAGAAGGAUGGAUACAACUGCGGAUUAUUCAUCUGCUUGUAUUUCUGGCGCCGAUUCUGGAAGGAAGCAGGCAGUGAUUACACGGAGACCGGGUUGGUGCGCCGUCGAUGGGAUGUUAUGCAUUUGAUCGUGGAGUUUAGCGACGGCAGCAAGGAGAAGGAGACUGUAGCUGCGUAG